CUUCAAGCACAGGCAAGGGGUGUUUUUCUCUCGCUCCUCAUUGGCUGCUGACGGAUUGCUCUCUCAUCUCCGUAACGUUGCCAUUCAUACACUCAGCGCUUCAUUCGCCUUUUCAAAAUAACUCACUGUCAUCCAUGGUAACGAGUUUGGUUAGAUGGGACUAAUUAUUUUAAUUAAGGAAUAAAUAAAUCGAACGAACUGACGACUGGCCAUAUAACGACAGGGCUCUUGAACGCUGUUGCACAUUUUGGGCCUUCCAGUCCAAAGAACAUGUUUCAGACCGUACCUGACACUUCGUCUUACGUCAAGGAGGCGCUGUCAGUGGUGAGUGAAGACCAGUCCCUCUUUGAGCCUCCCUACACUGCUGCUGCCCCCCUGCCCAAGACAGACAUGACUGCUUCUGGCACACAGGACUAUGGCCAGCCCCACAAAAUCAACCCCCUACCCCCCCAGCAAGAGUGGAUUAACCAACCUGUCCGUCCAGUCAACGUCAAGAGAGAAUAUGAACACAUGAAUGGAUCUAGUCGGGAGUCUCCUGUAGACUGUACUGUGGGGAAAUGCAAUAAGCUUGUGGGCGGCAACGACACAUCUCAAAUGAACUACGGCAACUACAUGGACGAGAAGAACGCCGCGCCCCCCAACAUGACCACCAACGAGAGGAGGGUCAUUGUCCCCGCAGACCCUUCGUUGUGGUCGCAGGACCAUGUCCGUCAGUGGCUGGAGUGGGCCAUCAAGGAGUACGGCUUGCUGGAGAUCGACACGGCCAUGUUCCAGAACACGGACGGCAAGGAUCUGUGCAAGAUGAGCAAGGAAGACUUUCUCCGUCUCACCACCAUGUACAACGCCGAAGUCCUGCUCUCACACCUCAAUUACCUCAGGGAAAGUAGCUCAUCACUAUCCUAUAACACUCCAUCUCACACGGACCAGUCUCCACGCCUGGCUGCCAAAGAAGACCCUUCAUACGAUGCUGUAAGACGGACAGGAUGGUCAAAUAGCAUGCACAGCGGCAAAGGCUCGCCGGUGGUCACACAGAACGUGUCCAAGUCUGCUGAGCAGGCCAGGCCUCAGCCAGAUCCUUACCAGAUCUUGGGACCCACCAGCAGUCGACUGGCCAACCCAGGCUCUGGUCAGAUCCAGCUGUGGCAGUUCCUCCUGGAGCUUCUUUCGGACAGCGCCAACGCCGGCUGCAUCACCUGGGAGGGCACCAACGGAGAGUUCAAGAUGACCGACCCAGACGAGGUGGCGAGGCGCUGGGGCGAGCGCAAGAGCAAGCCCAACAUGAACUACGACAAGCUGAGCCGCGCACUGCGCUACUACUACGACAAGAACAUCAUGACCAAGGUGCACGGCAAGCGCUACGCCUACAAGUUCGACUUCCACGGCAUCGCCCAGGCUCUGCAGCCCCACCCUACCGAGUCCUCCAUGUAUAAAUACCCCUCGGACCUGGCCUAUGUGCCCAGCUACCACGCCCACCAGCAGAAGGUCAACUUUGUGUCCCCUCACCCCCCCUCCAUGCCAGUCACCUCCUCCAACUUCUUCGGACCCACCGCUCCCUACUGGAGCUCCCCCACGGGGGGGAUCUACCCCAACCCCAGUGUGCCUCGCCACCCCAACGCCCAUGUGCCCUCGCACCUGGGCAGUUACUACUAAGUGCUUCCCCUCAACGUUGAUGAUCCCCUCCUCCCUGCUUUACAACGACCAAACCAAUCAUUACUCACUUGCUCUCACUAAUGAGACCUAACCAACUG